AUUAUGCAAUCUGUUAGUCAGACUGUUUCUUCCCGUCGACGAUGUCUGACCUCGUCCCCUCCCCAGCGUUUGACCUCGUCUUCCAUUUUACUUCUCCAUCAAUUCGCUGAAAUCUUCUCCAAUUCGUCCAAACGCAAACUGAUACGAACGGAAUGGCGAGAUCUGCCUCACUUCUCUUCCUCGUAUUCCUGCUUUCUUCCCCUCUCUACUUCGUGUCCGUGCUCUGCCAGUCGUCGCUCAGUCGGUUGUUCAUCGACUGCGGAUCGACCUCCAACAUCCCCACUCCCGACGGCCUCGGGUGGAUUUCCGACAUAUACAUCGACGUCGGCCGUAAUCACAACCUCACCCUGCCGAACCUCCACCCCGUCCUCUCCACCCUCCGCUCCUUCCCCAUCCGCUCCGACCUCUACUCCCCCCUCAAGUUCUGCUACCUCCUCCCAACCAACCCCGGUGGCCGCUACCUCGUCCGCACUACCUACUUCUAUGGCGGCUUUGAUAACGGCUCCGCGCCGCCCGUUUUCGAUCAGAUCGUAGACGGCACUUUCUGGACCACCGUCAACACCACCGCUGACUACGCCGCCGGCAUGGCCUCCUACUAUGAGGGCGUCUUCUUGCCGGCGGGUAAGAAGAACAUGAGAGUGUGCGUUGCCGCCAACACCUACACCACCUCUGAUCCCUUCAUCUCCGCCCUGGAGAUGAUCUUGUUGGACGAUUCGGUUUAUAAUGGCACGGAUUUUGGGAAGUACGCCAUGGGCCUCAUAGCGAGGAGCAGCUUUGGAUCCGCUGGUUCGAUUAUAAGAUACCCAGAUGACAGAUUUGACAGAUACUGGCAGCCAUUUUCUGAUAGCACGCAUGCAAAAUCUAGCACCCAUAAUAUCACAACAGCUGAUUUUUGGAACCUUCCUCCCGCUGUCGUCUUUAAUACUGCCAUGGUAGCAGAUCAAGGGAAACCAUUGGUGUUACUGUGGCCUCCUAAUUCUCUUCCAGAUGCUAUCUAUUAUAUUGCUCUUUACUUUGCUGAUACAUCAUCACUCCAGAGCACCAGGACAUUCAAUGUCUUUGUAAAUAACUACAGCUUCUACUCAAAUCUAACAGUCUCAUCAUCUGGCCUUGUUGUUUUCUCAAACCAAUGGAAUCUCUCUGGCCAAACAAUGGUUACAUUGACUCCUGGAUCUCCUGGUACACCAUUAAUAAGUGCCGGAGAGGUUUUUGGUCUUUUCUUGAUUGGAAAUCUGACAGUUACAAGAGAUGUCAUUGCAAUGGAACAAAUCAGAGAAAAUAUUAUUUCUCCACCACCUGGUUGGAGUGGUGAUCCUUGUAUGCCACAAGAUUAUUCUUGGGUUGGAGUAACCUGCUCUUAUGGGAACCAAAUACGUGUUGUCUCUCUGAAUCUUUCAAGUAUGGGCUUAAAUGGAUCUAUUUCACUUUAUAUCUCCAAUCUGACAGCACUAACUAAUGUAUCUUUGGCCAAUAAUAAUUUUACAGGCCACAUUCCAAACCUAAGUAGAUUGAGAAAUCUUGAAAAAUUACACUUGCAGGACAAUCAGUUUACAGGAACCAUUACUCUAUCAUUUGCAAAUCUAGCAAAACUGCAAGAACUCUACAUAGAAAACAAUAACCUGACUGGUGAAAUUCCUCCAAGCCUCUUCAGAGACGGACUGGAUUUUAGGUAUUUACCUGGGAAUAACUUUUCUUCUGUCCCUCCGCCUCCAAACAUGUGAAAUAAAUUUUGCUUAUCCCAAGGUUUUAACACGGAUCCACUAAAACUCCAGUGGCGUUCAAGGAUCUGAUUCUCUUGACUAAGUGAUCUCCAAAGAUAUGGUGAAUAUCAGAUGAGUAUGGAAUGAUCUUCUUUAUUCGAAGCAACUUAUAAAUCUAUUUUCUUCUCUUAUUAGCAAAAUUAUGGUAUAGAAGCUAGUGGAUCUCGGUUGAGUAUGAAAUGCGUUGUUUCUCAUGGGCAUUGUUUGAACUACUGUAAGGUCUCAUCCACAAUGCUCUCAAUAUGAUGUGCACUACAUCUACCUUUGGAGCAGGGACG